GCUUUACUUAGUUCUUUGUACUUAACGGGAUUUGAGCCUCGGGAUUGACUCCAGAAUUAAUAGGAAGAUUAUGCCCUUUCAUUGAAGUCAAAGGAAAUCAGUGGGACAUUGCAUAAGAAUAACCAGUGGUUACAAUGGAGAACUUUGUGUUGUAUGAGGAAUUAGGAAGGGGAGACCACUCCAUCAUUUAUAAAGGUAGAAGAAAGGGGACCAUAAAUUUUGUGGCCAUCCACUGCAUAGAGAAAUGCAAACGCCCAGAGGUUACCAAUACGGUUAGAAUGACUCAUGACAUUAGCCACCCCAAUGUGGUAAAGUUUUAUGAAUGGUAUGAAACCAGUAACCACUUGUGGCUAGUGGUAGAAUUGUGUACUGGUGGAAGUCUGGCCACCCUGAUCACACAGGACAGGAAUCUCCCUGAGAGCUCUAUCAGAAGCUUUGGCAUUGAUCUGGUCACGGGAAUCCAUUACAUACACUCCUUAGGAAUUCUCUUCUGUGACCUCCGACCCACAAAGAUUUUACUGGAUGGUUCUGGGACCCUGAAAUAUGCUGACUUUGGUCUGUCCAGAGUAGAGGGGGAGAUUUUAGAGGAGCUGUUUGAAAAGUUUGCAGAUGCAGGAGAGAUGUGGAGUACUGAAGCUGAUGUAGAGGAGAAUCCACUGUCAAAGAAAUACAAAACUACAGGCGCUCCCACUUAUAUGGCACCAGAAGGCCUUCAAUCACAUGAAAUCACAAUUCUCAGUGAUCUGUGGUCCCUGGGGUGUGUAUUGUAUGAAUUGUUUACAGGACAUCCUCCAUUUUUAGCUGAGUCUUUUCAACAGCUAAAAGAAAAAAUUCUACAUAAAGAUUUACCCCCACCUAAAGUGAAGGGUAGUAGGUUUUCAUCCAAGCCAUCUCCAGAUUUCCAGAAUCUGUUAGAGGGACUUCUGCAAAAGGAUCCUGAUAAAAGAAUGGGUUGGCCAGGUUUGGUAAAUCAUCCAUUUUGGCAAGGACGACUGAGUCAUUUAGCUAAAGACCUUGUGACUUCACAGGAGGUGAGGGGUAGCAUUGUUAACACGGGCAGGAGCAGUGUGCUGGUAGAGGGGACAGCCUCAGCCCUGGGCAGAAUCAAAACUGUGGAUCUCAAGAAGAGCAUGGACCGCCCUGUGUCAACAUUGGAAACAGAGGGGACCAGACCAGGAUCAACCUUGGGGGAUUACAUGAGACCCAAAACAGCCCCUGGUAAUGAAGGAGGCUCUUUGUUUACCUUAAGUACUCGGCCACCUACUGCUGUUCCUCCUGAUGAGAAAUUGGCCCCCACUCAGAAACCCACCCAGUCCCCAUUAUCUACCAGAGAAGUCCGGGAAACAAUCGGGACUACUGCUGGAGAAUAUCACAGUGAGGAGACUAAAAACGUGGCACUGGAACUCAUCUACCAUCAUAGUGACUUUCACGUUACACCUAUUGUGGACAACACAAAGAUUCUUAUGCAUGCACAUCAUCAAGUUAAGAUUCAGAAACCAGGGACAGCAAAGUUUGAUUCCAAAAUUCUGCCUGUUCCACCAUUCCCAGCUGAAAAAAUGGUGACCAUGUCAGAGAAAGAGCUCUCCAAGCAUAUCAAGGCCAUUUGUGAUGGGCUGUCAAUCAGUGAGAAGGGCCCUCCCUCCCAGAAAAGGAUCCACCUUCUUCACUAUCUGACAGGAAUCUCUACCAAUCCUCAGGUGGCUACACAACUCACAAAGAAUCACAUCCUGUCAGUGCUUGCCAAAGUUGUUAAAGAAACUCAACAUCUAGAUGUGAAGACCAAGGCAGCCCGUGUAAUUGGCUUGAUUGCUGGAAAUGCAGAAGAUCUGGAUGAGAGUGUGAAUGUCUCGGAAUCCAUUGCUAUUCUGACAGAAGUCAUCAGAGAGAAUGUAAAGAAUGGGAAACUAAAACAGGGGGUUCUGCCUGCUGUAGGGGAACUUCUGUACUUCAUAGCACAACAGGAAGUCAAGCAUGGAAAGAAUUGUGACAACUGGAGUGUAUCAUCCAUGACCUACACAGUGAUCAUCCGAUGCUGUAGAGAGGGGGAGGAUGCUGUUGUGAAUCACAUAGCAGCAAAAACUGUAGAGAAUGUUGUAGCUACACUGGGGAAUCAUGCUCAGAAAUUUGUCAGCAAUGAGAUGGGACAGUCUUUGUGGUACAUUUUUAAGCAUUCCACAGUGGAUUCACUGCGAAUUACAGCACUUAAUGCCCUGUGUAGAAUCACUCACCACAACCCCCAGGUUUUCCAGAGUGUCAUCGAUACAGUUGGCAUGACAACCAUUUUGUCAGCCCUGUCGUUCGGUAUCACCAGGAUCCAGCAGGCUAUUGUCACUAUGUUUGGAGCUUUGAUUGCCUCUGGACAGUACCUCAAUAGGAUUGUUCAAGAUAAGGACUUUCUUCAGAAGCUUAUCAAGUUACUUGACUCCCCGUCUGUUGUUAUCAGAGCGAAGGCUUUUGUUGUCAUCCAUGAAGUUGUCAAGAAUAAUUAUGAUCUUCUGCUCAACAGUUGUCAACUAAGGUUGGUGAUGUAUAUAGAGCGAGACAGUCGUCGCCAGACCCCAAGGGACGGUAAAGUGGAGAACAAUGGCUCAGAUUGCAGUGAAUAUCUGAUGCAAUGUCUAGAUCUUCUCAUCAAUCACAUUGUAGAUGUUGUUCCCAAGAUCUUCAAAGAGAUUGUGUCCUCAUUAGAUGCUGUGAUGGGGAGGAAACAUCCGAAUGCUGUUCAGGCCAAACAGCUGCGAUCAUCUCUUCCCCUCAUACAUGUGUUUCUGCACCUCGUCACAAGUCAGAUAUUCAGACCAAAGAUUGUAAAUGAGGAAUUCAUCAAAAACCUAUCCUCUUUGCUUUCUCAUAUCAGGAGUAUUGAGGCAGGGGAGACAAAUAUAGAAGGAGCUAGUGCAGACAGGCCAAAAGGAUCCAUCACACCUUCUGAAUUUGUGACGACAACCAUGUCAGUCCUGGAAGGCAUAUCCCAGCAUCCUCAGAUGGUUGCCGAUUUCCAUCAGGUCAUCUUAGAGGGUGUUCUUCCUAUCAUUGCUGACUUAGUGGUCAGUCAGAAUGGGGAGACCAGAGCUUUGUCUUUAAGGCUGUUCUCUGACAUUGCCUCGGUGUAUCUGAAUCAAGAACAGUAUGCCGGGGGAGAGAAAAUAAUGAAUGUAGCAGGACUUCAUAAGAUCAUCACAGAAAGAUUACUUCCACAGUUUGAGCAGAUUCUCCUGGAUCAGGAGCCCCUUCCCAGCUGUGGGUUGAAGCUUCUACUGACCCUCCUUGAUCAGAAUGGAGGAUUCAUCAAACAGUUUGAACAGCUAGGGCUGGUGUCAGUCAUAUUCCAAGUCAUGAUGGAUCACCAAAGCAAUCCCCUGAACAGCUCCAUGCAAAGUAUAGCUGGAAUCCUCAACUGCCUGGUGGCUCAUAAAGACACAAAUAUGAAGGAUCUGUAUGAACAAGGAUUGAUAGACUACUUCACAACCUUGUUUUUUGAUGUCACCACGGCCUGUCUGGACACAGACGAACACACAGACAACAAGGUGGCUCUGUCUAUGUUACAGAACUUACUAGACACGCUACACAGUAUGUUCAAGUAUGUCUCCGAGGUUGUCAGGAAAGCACUGCAGAACAAGAGAGCUGGAGGGGAGGGUGGAAAUCGUGAAGCGGAGGAAGCAGAGCAGCUCUUAUUGACCAAUAAAUCACUGACAGACCUCACCACUAUCCUCACCCAACUGUUAUGUUUUGAGGAUACUGAUAUUCAGGAUUUCUCCACUAAAUGUCUGUCUCUUCUGGUUCAGCUAUUUGGAGGGGAGAAUAAGGAUGCCAUGACUCCAGAAAACAUGGAGUACUACAGUAAGGCACUGAAGAAAGCUGAUGUCAAGAAACAGAAAGUUUUGUUGAGGAUAAUUAAAAGACUGCUCAGUACAGAGAAGGUGCAUAUAGAGUCUAUGAGACAACAUGGGGAAACUUUAGCCAACACCAUCAGAAAUCUUGUCCAAACUGCCAGUUCUCAUGCAGAUGUUGCUAUUUCCUCCUUGGCAGCAGACAUACUCAAAAUGACUGGUCAUUUAAAGUAGAAAAACUACAAGCCAUGUCCCUUAGAUCAGAUGUGUUCAAAAGUUGCACAAAUUUAUGAAUGUGUUUCAAGAGUGAACCACUUUGUAUCAUUAGAAUUCAAGGCAUACCAGUGUUGAUGAAUUUUUUGGUGUAUCAAUGAUAUACUGCUUGAUACUGCACGUGUUUACUCUGUUUAUAUCACUUUAUGUUUUUAUAUGAAUUUUCAUUGUAAAAUGUAGUACAUUCCGUCCUCCUCAAACAAAAAUAAAGACUUUCAAAAGUA